CGAGUUUCCGUUAGCCGUCGCUAGCUAAACAAACAUGGCUCUGCUACUUUUUCGGACAACGAACCCUUAUGAUACUUAGGCACGCAGAAAAAAAGGGAAACAUGCAACAGACAAAACGCGUCAUGUUAUUUGAUAUAUGACACUUUAAUGUAAGAAAAGCGGUAUCUUUGUUGUAUUUGGCGCAGAGAAGCCCUUCGUAGCCGUGUUUACACACAGCUAACUCCACAGUUGGCUAAUGGAAGCUAGUUGUAGCAAAAUGGACCUUGGAACAAUGUUGUACAACAAUUUAAAAGAUGUUACAUGGAGCACGACGUCCCUACCUUUAGACCAGCUGGUCAGUACAUAUAAGCUGCCCCAGAUUGCCAAACUGGAUAACGGUCAGUCAGUUGAAGGGCUUCGAGACAAUGACUACCUCUUGAUCCAUUCCUGCCGUCAGUGGACAACUAUUACUGCUCACAGUCUGGAGGAGGGACACUACGUGAUUGGGCCCAAGAUAGAGAUCCCUGUUCAUUAUGAAGGUCAGUUUAAGCUGCUGGAGCAGGACAGAGAUGUCAAGGAGCCUGUGCAGUACUUCAACAGUGUGGAGGAGGUGGCCAAAGCGUUCCCUGAAAGGGUGUACGUCAUGGAGGAGAUCACUUUCAAUGUUAAGAUGGCUUCAGGGGAGUGUAAUGAAGACACAGAAGUUUACAACAUAACACUAAGUACUGGUGACGAACUGACUUUAAUGGGUCAGGCGGAGAUCCUUUACGCCAAGAGCUCUAAAGAAAAGUCGAGGCUCAACACCAUUUUCAAGAAGAUCGGCAAGCUCAACUCCAUCAGCAAAAUCGGCCGCGGGAAGAUGCCCUGCUUGAUUUGCAUGAACCACCGCACCAACGAGAGCAUCAGCCUGCCCUUUCAGUGCAAGGGCCGGUUCAGCACCUGCAGCCCGCUGGAGCUGCAGAUGCAGUACGGCGAGCACACCAUCCGGAACAUCGUGGAGAAAACCCGACUCCCGGUCAACGUGGUCGUGCCUGGCACGCCGCCCCGCAACCAGCACGACCUCCACCUCAUCCGCGAGGGCCACCGCUACAAGCUGGUCAACAUCCAGACCAAGACGGUGGUGGUGUGCUGCGUCCUGCGGAGCAACAAGAUCAUCCCCACCCACUUCCCCUUCCACAUGGCCAUGCCGAGAUUCAUCGUCCCGGAAGAGCUGCUGCAGGGAGAGCUGUGGCUGGAGACCAUGGUGCACCGCUGGUUUUCCUUCUGCCAGGAGCAGUUCGACAUCGACGACUACUCUCGGGCCGUCCGAGACGUGCGGGCCGACUGGAAUGAAGACGGCAGUAGCCCGAAAAAAAGCAGCGGGAACGGCAGCUGCGGAGGGAGCAGCGGAAGCGGCAGCUCCAACGGGUGUCCCGGCCACAAGCAGGUGCCCAGCUCGUUGACGUACGCCAGAGACGAGCUCACGCAGUCUUUCCACCGACUCUCGGUGUGUGUGUACGGCAGCAACCUGCACGGGAACAGCGAAGUCAACUUGCAGGGGUGUAUGACGCUGUGCGGAGACUGGGCUCUCCCGCCUUCCGACGGCGGCCAUUCAGAAUUCGGAGAGAACGAGCACCUGUUCCCUGAGCUGUCGGACUUCACGAGCCAACAUGCAAGUCUCAGCAAGUUGGACGUUCCCUAUGAGGAGUUGUGGUUGGAUCACCUGAAAAGGCAGAGUCCAAAGCCUUCCUCAGGUGAAGGCGUACAAGUCGCCAACGACGACUGUGCAACAACAGCCGCGCUGUAUCCAGUCACAUGUCCUAUUGGUGCCAGAACCAGUUUGGACAUUCCACUUACUCCGCCACCCGUCCCACCAAAGUCUGAAGCUGUGAAGGAGGAAUGUCGUCUUCUGAACGCUCCACCCAUUCCUCCCAGAAGUAUAAAGCAGCUACCGUCGGUGCCCAUCCCGUCGAAGCCCCGCCAGCAGGACACUCGGUCGCCAAGUCCAACGCUUUCCUAUUAUUCAUCUGGUCUCCAUAACAUCAGUGGAGCAACUGAGCAAGAGGGAGCCGAGCUACAAGAGCAAAGUCACGUCUGCUACCCCUGCAGCUGGGGUAACGCCAGCACUAUGGAGAAAAGAGCCACUUCGCCCAGCGGAGGCCCGCCGUUGGACGGCGUGUCGUCCCGUCUGUCUUGGCCCAACAACUUUAUCGGAGGGGACGCUCACUGCAUGGACGAGUUCGUGCCUGCGAGCUGCCGGAGCUACUUCAGCUACCCCAGAAAGAGGACCCCGAGUUCCUCGAAAACCUGCGCAAUCAGUCUGGAUGACUACGACGGCCGAGAGCUGGCACGCCGCCGCGCGGAGUUCAGCUUGCAGAAAGGCCCCACUGACCAGAUCUGCACUAAAUCUUCAAGCUGCAACUCGGAAAUGUACCGGAACACGCCAAUAGAAGAAUCGAACACUAAGCAGAGCUUAUCCUGCCCCAUUUUACCACCAAGAACACCUAAAUCCAACGCCAUCAAGAAGUGCCCAGAUUUCCUGACGGAGUCCGUCUGCGACGAGUCGCAGCAGGCCGCCGUUCAAACCGAGCCGGGCACCAAUGAGAUUAGUCCCAGCUCUGCAACUCUAAACUGUCCCUCUGUCUCUCCCGCCGCGCAGUGGCAGCCGCCUUUGAACUUGUCCGGCAUCUCCAUCGAAGAGGUGUCCAAGUGUCUGAAGUUCAUCGGCCUGCCCAACGACAUAGUCUCCCUUUUUGUGUCCGAGAAGAUCGACGGGAAUCUCCUCCUGCAGCUCACCGAGGAGAUUUUGUCCGAAGACUUCCGCCUAAGCAAGCUGCAGGUGAAGAAACUCAUGCAGUUCAUAAACGGGUGGAGACCCAAGAUAUAACGGUAUGAAACACUAAAUCUGGUUGUGAAGCUGAGAACAUAAUGCCUUCAAGUAUACACGCUAUGCACAGCAAGCCGCAAGCAGGCUUGGGAUUUUUCUUUGAUAUGUUGAACUUAUUUCCAUCGCUACGUACCGGGGUUUUUGUCGUUCCUGUAAACCCUCAGACUGUCUGCGACUUUAACUGAGUGAAACAAAUUGGCACUUUCAUUACAAGGCAUAUAUUUAUGUCAGAACCCUAGUGUGUUUCCAUCCACGACCCGCUAAUUAUUUAUGACAAAAAAAUGUUGUUUUUAUUUGAGUCAAAUGAAAUACAAACAAAAACAAAUGUGAAGAACUAUAGGAUGCUAGAAUCUUAAGCUAUUAAGAUUUUUAAGAGCACAAACUACAUGUGUGUCUAAAACGUAGCGUCAAUAGUAAUUUUUUUUAAAUAAACAAUGCUUUUUUUAAAAACUAAAUCCAAAAAUACACUAUUCAUUAAUUAUAGGGAAAGUUCAUGAUUUUUCAAGCAGUUUUGUUGCAAUAUAAGAAAAGCUUUUUAUCUUACCUGCAAUAGCCAACUUUCUCUGUGUCUUCAUUUAGUAUCAUUUUAUUUCAAAUUUUCAGUUCAGUCUUAUUUUAUUCAAAACGGCAGUGUACAUAAAAAAAAGUAAAUGCAACGCAAUUCCAGUUUAGUUGGUCGCCGAGUCAAGAGCUAAUGGCUAGCUCGAGAGGAGCUGAGACCAAAGCGGACUAAAAUCUUUAAACAGCUCCAAUAAAAAGAAAAAGUCAAUCCAUGUUAAUAUGUCAUGUUAAGCUAGUUAACAAGAAUACUAAUGUUGGUGUUACCCAUGUUGCAUCCCUUGAAAGUUAUUUCAUACUAGAAAUCGAGCCAGUCUUUAAUUUUUUUUACAGAAGUUGUGCUCUCUACGGCCUUCUAUAUACAUAAGAUAAUUGUUUAUUUAUUUUUUUUAUUACCGGUACUUAAAUUUUAGACACAAAAUGUAAAAAAGAAAUUUCCGAAGAUGAAAAAAAACUUUAUGCUCACAAACGAGCAGCCGCGGCUAUCCUAGCUCACCCAUUUUUUUCUACAUUGCUCAUCUAUGCAGACUGCUCACUUUUCUGCCCAUUGUCAUUAUCCAUAUAUGGUCCUCACUACCUGUUUUUGAGAGCGAUGUAGCUGCAAAGAUUUUUUGUUGUCAGAAAGUCCUUUUGAAAUUUAUCUGCUACAAAAAACAAAACAAAAACAAAAGAGAUUUUACAAUAUUUAUUCUCUUGAACAAGCAUCGAAGCUCCAGCCUCCACAUCCAACUAAUCAGAUUUUAAGCUAAAUGAAGACAACAAAGGAGUUAAUCCACUCCGGGUAGGAUAUUAACUGCUUACACCACAGAACCUCACUUCAGAAAUCCUGAACUGUCUCUUUAAUAUUUUGUUGGAGAAGCACUAAUAAUAGUAUUUAGGUGUGUGUGGUAUUUGUUUCGUAAGGACAGGGAUCAAAAAAAAAAAAAAACUAAGUUACUGUGCAAGUCGCAACAUAAAAAAAACCCCAAACAUUUAUGUUAAUGUUAUUGUGUUGCCUGUUUUAUUUGAUACUUUGUAACUCGGUUUUAGCGGCGGUCUGCGGCAGUAGUUUUUUAAAAUUUUUUUUUUUUUACUCCAUGCCUAAAAUACAGGGAGAUUUUUAAGCUCAUCCUUUUUAGCUUUUUUCGGUACUGUAGUGGAGUUCGGGUUUGUUCGAAAAAGCCGUGGCAUUAAGUUACAAUGAAACAAACGUGUGAAUAAAUGCGAAAUGAACAAGAGCAUCCUUCACAGAAAAGUAUUACAUGCAAGAAUCGUGGUUCAUUCUUGGUUUGAGAAGCUCAUUUGUUUAAACCCAGCCUCACUUUGCUUUCGGAAACGGGAAACGCACGAAUCUUUUAUUAUGCAAAUCUUGUUUCCGUUCGAUGCAGUUCUAAGGUUGUAACGAGUUCCGCCGACGUAAAGCGAGUGAAAUUCUGUCCCAACUCCAAAGCGAACAUGGAGGUGAGGCACGACGCUGUUCAUCAAGGAUAAAUUAUGCAUCACGCACUUUGGCAGAUUAUACUUUAAUAAUGCAGUCGAUUUUAAGCGUAUUGAAGUGUCUUUUUUUUUUGCGAGUAAAUGCACUACAUGUUUUUUUUUUUUUUGGGUUUUCUUUCAAUGGUACGUCUGUCUGUUUUCUUGUCACUGUUGUUUGUUCCAAAGUGUCCUCUAAUGCAAAGAGUCUCUCAGCGCCUUAACCGAAAAGCCCUUAAAAAGAGGUUUAGCAGUUUUAAUUCUGGCUCUAUGUUUCGCCAGUUUUUCUCAAGAGGAUGUCGACAGACCUCAACGGGAGCCGAUGUUGUAUUUUACCACCUCCACCCCUCCCCACCUCCUUUUUCCUAAAACUCUGAGGGGCACUGAAGCUAAAACUCAGAAUGAUCUGCUUUUAUGAAAUACUUGUGUGCGUCAGUUUUCAGGUUUGCUUGUGAACGCGGUGCUACGGCGCUUUGCUAAAGUAUUCAUGCCGCAUGAGAUGCUUGUCGCAUCUCCAGUGUAUUUUUGAAGAGUGAUGGCGAGUAAUUUACAAAUACAUGCCUCAUUUUUCAGCGUACUUUUUUUGUAAAAUUGUUUGAAAAGAAAAGAAAGAAACGCCAAAACCCUCCCAAAAACAUUUCCCUUUUAAUUGUACUUUGUGUUGGUCCAACAUACGAUUUGUGGCUGCCACGUUAAAAGUGUGAAAACGUUUUAGAGGUGUGAAUACUUUUGCAACGCUGUAAAUAUGCAGACCAGCUCAGCAUCGAGUCAGGACCCCCAAUCCCCUCUGAGACACUUAUUGCCAUGGGUUGUUACAUCUUUUACUUGAUUUUUAAAUUUUUUUUUUCAAUGUAUAGAUCUUUUUUUU